CGGAUAGCUCGCUCUCUCGCCCCUUGCUCUCUCCUCUCCACUCGCCCCCGCCGGAAUCCACCGACCGAUGGCCCUCAAAUUGGCCGCCCCCCUCCCCCUCUUCCUGUCAAAUCCCGCAACCCCUUCCCGCCGGCCCGCCCCCUCCACCGAGGUCCGCUUCUCCCUCUCGAAGAAUGCUAACGCUGAGCCCUUCCUCAGGCGCCGCCGCUCCCAGCAGGAGAUUGAGGACGACCUCCGCCGCCACGGUUCCGCCCUCAAGAUCGCUGAGGAUACUGCCGCCGACGACCCCACCUCCUCCGCCGCGGACGCCCCGCCCCCCUCCCCUGCCGGUUUCCGGUCCCACGGCACCCCCUUCUCGCCCUCCGUCCCAGGCAAAGCCUCCAAGUACUCCAAGCCCCCUUUAAACCCUAAAAGCCCUAGCUCCCCUUCCUCGCACCCCGCCUUCCGCCGGAUUGCUAGGAUUUCCCGGGCUGCUUCUGUUUCCCCGGACAGGGAGACCGGGAUUUCUGUCGGGGACAAGGGAAUUGCGUAUAGGAUCGAAGGGGCACCCUUUGAGUUCCAGUAUAGUUACACGGAGACGCCAAAGGAGAAACCUUUGGCAUUGAGGGAGCCUCCGUUUCUGCCGUUCGGGCCGAGCACGAUGGCCAGGCCUUGGACGGGGCGGGCACCACUCCCACCGAGCAAGAAGAAGCUGCCGGAGUUCGACUCGUUUAAACUCCCGCCGCCAGGGAAGAAGGGGGUGAAGCCGGUGCAGUCGCCGGGGCCUUUCCUGGCCGGGUCGGGGCCCAAGUACCAUGCGGCAUCGAGAGAGGAGAUUUUGGGAGAGCCGCUGACUCAGGAGGAGAUCAAGGAGUUGGUCAACAGCUGCUUGAAGACUAGGAGACAAUUGAACAUUGGUAGAGAUGGUUUAACACAUAAUAUGUUAGAUAACAUUCAUGCUCACUGGAAAAGGCGGAGAGUAUGCAAGAUAAAAUGCAAAGGAGUGUGCACAGUUGAUAUGGAUAAUGUCCAUCAGCAAUUAGAGGAGAAAACUGGAGGGAAGAUUAUAUAUGGUAAGGAAGGAGUAAUCUUCCUGUUUCGUGGUCGAAACUACAACUGGAGAACCCGCCCCAGAUUUCCUCUUAUGCUAUGGAAACCUGUAACACCAGUGUAUCCACGGUUGGUCAAGCGGGUACCAGAGGGAUUAACUUUGGAAGAAGCAUCUGAGAUGCGUAAAAGAGGGCGUGAACUACCACCAAUAUGCAAACUUGCAAAAAAUGGUGUUUACUGUAACCUUGUAAAACAAGUUAGAGAAGCAUUUGAAGCAUGUGAGCUGGUACGGAUAAGCUGCAAGGGUCUGAACAAAAGUGAUUGUAGGAAAAUUGGUGCCAAGCUCAAGGAUCUAGUCCCAUGUGUCCUACUUUCGUUUGAGUAUGAGCAUAUACUUAUGUGGAGAGGGAAAGAUUGGAAAUCAUCUCUUCCACCACUAGAAGACAAUCAUACAGAAGCUGAAGAAAUUCUUGCCAGUGACCCAACAAUCACUUCAUCCAUUAUCAAUGAUCCAUUAUUGAAUGCCCAGGACAUCCUGGGUUCAGGUACUGGAAAGAGCUUAAAUGAGGAACUCAAUAUUGAAGUGCCUAGUGAGUCGGCUCUAGAUGAUAGCAGGGGUAUAAGCCAAACUGAGGAUCUUUCGAAUUUGAAAAAUUUGCAUGUGCUUGUACCAGCUCAUGUAGAUCCAACCAACAUGACCAGCAAGGCACUUGAUUUCUCAACUGAGACUCACCAGGAAUCUUCAGUUGUUAAUGACCUACGAUCACCUGCUUCAGGUGCUGGAAGCAGCUCCGAGGCAUGUCUUGAAAUACCUUGUCGAAGCAUUUCUUUUGAGACAAGUUUGAACACAAUAGAAAAAGGUAAGGAUACUCCCCAUUCAGGAAGAGAAGCUCAGCUAUUGGCAGCUUCUUACCAGGGUUGCAACAGGCAUGAUGACAUUAGCGCAGUCACCAAUCUAGAUGAUGGAAUGAUAGACAGUGAUAAGUUGGAAACAAGGGAAGCAGAUGGUCCAAUAUGCCAGGAUAAUACGAGUUCUAGUGGGGCAUGUUUGGAAGGAGUAAUGCUUCUUCUGAGGCAGGCUGUUGAGAGUGGUAGGGCAGUUAUCUUGGAUAAUGAGUCUUUGGAUGGUAACAUAGUUUUUGAGAGAUCUGUUGCUCUUGCCAAGAUAGCUCCGCCUGGGCCAAUCUUCCAGCAUAGAGUCAGGAAAUCAGCUGUUCAGAGGUCUCAGAAAGACAAGGGUGACAAAAUUGAGGAGCAAGGCACAGAAGUUGAAGCUGUUCCUGACUCAGAAAAGAGAAUUAAUGAUAAAUUCAACUCUCGGAAUCGGAGAAGGGAUGAUUUCGCAGAGGUUUUGUCAGAUGUGGUCCCACAUGGAACCUUGCAAGUAGAUGAACUUGCAAAGUUGCUGGUUUAAUGGUGUCGUAAGGAGAGGUGUUGAAUGAAUUUCAGUUUUUCAUAUUUCUGUCUGGUUAUUUAGGCAUAGGCCACUUGGUGGUUGUAUAACAAAGUUAUGUGAGGAUUUGUUAAAUGUUUUCAUGAGCCUGUUAUCUGCACCUUGUAAUGAGAGAUGGCAGUAUAAACAUGCUAUGAAACGUUAAGAGCCUGUGAAGUUAUUGUCUUAAAGGGCAGAACAGGAACUCAGAGGGUAUGAUAUAACUCAUCAGAACGAUUAAGAAUUUUAUGGUCAUUGACUUGUAAUGAGUUUUCAGUGAAACAAUACAUCAACUACACAUUGCAGAGAGAUUAAUGCAACAAAAACAAUAUUUCUCUUCUUCAUUGUUACUUUCCCUCUUUGCAAGGAGAUCUGUCCAAAUUUUUCUACGGAAGACUUUGUUUAAUGUCUAUUGGUGAUGCAGCUUGCACAGACUAGAGAGAAUGGUCAAGGAAAGGAAUAUAGUUCUUUAGAAUGAGUGUCGAUGCUGUGUAUCGACUUCCCUAUCUAAAUCAUGACCGCCUACAAUCUUCUUCCAGUACCAGUGCUUCUCCCACAGUUGAGACAUCUCCUCAAUUGGCACUUGCUUUGUCUCAGGCAGAAGAAAGAUGAUAAAAAAGGUCAUAAUGACCAUAAGGCAGGCAAAAAGGAUGAAGACUCCAUAUCGGAGGUGGCACAAUGAAAGAAGGAAGCAUUGUGCUACUGCUGCGGUGAAGAAGAGGUUGACACAAACCACCACGCUUUGUCCUGCUGAUCUCGUCUCAAGGGGGAAGAUCUCACUCGGAACUAACCAGGAAAGAGGCCCCCAUGACCAGCCAUAUGCCCCUACAAAUGCACAUAUUGCAAUCACCAGAAGGACAGCUACGUUUUUGGGAAGCAUCUCCCCAUGACCAAAUGUCAGUGCAAGAGUGACAGCGACAAUCACCUGUGGACAUCAUGAUAUGCUGGACAUAAAUAAAAGAGUGAAGAAGUCAUUAUAAGAUUUAUUUGAGAAGCAAGAGUCAUGCAUAUCAGCUAGCCAUCUUCCUAGUUGAAAUUUCAAUAGUUGAUCGAUGAAGCAAAUGCAUAUGAAUUUUCCAAGCGAAGGUGAACUAAUUCUGAAAUCAACUGAGAUUUUCUAUAAAUUUUAAUGUCUCUUAGUU